AUGUCGAAUAAAAGGGUUUUAAAAGAGCUAACCCAGCUUCGAAAAUCGCCGCCAAGUGCCUCUAAUCAUCAAAUUAUCAGCUUAUCUCCCGUGGGAGAAGAUAUAUACAUCUGGGAAGCAGCUAUAGCGAAGCAAACAACCGAAGACUCGCCUUAUUAUUAUCAUGGCCAAUGGAAGCUAGACAUCAGAUUGCCAAUACAAUAUCCUCAAGUACCUCCCAAGGUUUGGUUUAGUAAAGAAACACCUAUAUUACACCCCAAUGUGGAUUUUGGAACGGGAGAGAUUUGUCUUGACAUUUUGAAGUCGGAAAGCUGGUCUCCUGCUUGGACGAUAGAGUAUGUUGUGGUAGCUAUUCUCAUGCUUAUCGACGACCCGGAGCCAGACUCACCGCUUAAUUUAGAUCUGGCCAACUUGUUUCGCUACGAUAAAGAUGCAUUUGAGUCCAUGGUCCAAUAUACUAUUUGGAAGUACAAUACUUUCUACCAAGAGAACCAGCCACAACCACUUCGCGAACAAAGUGGAAUCAAGGUGGUAGAAGGAGUUACCGCAGAAGAUGUGGAGACAAACAGAGUGGCCGAGGCAACUAAUACGGCCAUGCAAGCUAUUCAGUCAGAAGCUGAAGACUUGGCUGAAGAUGUGAAAGAUAUCACUAAAGAAAACCACCAGAAUGAGUUGCUUGCAUCCAGAAUCAACAAUUCAGCGAACAACAGAGAUCCCGAACGUUCAAACAUCAAAGCACAUAAUCAAGCCGUCCAUAUGAUUGACGUCAAAAUCAAAGAUCUUCAGGAUCAGAAACGUGAACUCGAUAUGCCACAGUCUACCAUGACUCCAGCUUCGCCAAAUUUCGACGUGAUACAAGAAGUCGGCAAGCAAGUUACCCAGCAGUUUCUCGCAAAGAUGGACGAAAUUAACUUACAUUCCCCACAUUCAUCGGAGGAGAUUCCUACUCACGAAUUGGAAGACAUAAGUCGAGUGAAGCGCCAAGUUACCGACAAUGUUUCGAAGCAAGUCAACGAAUUGUGCCUGCGGUCUACGUCGCCAGAACUUGAAGAUAUUCAAACAUCACAUGAAAAAGAAAGCGAAGAUGUAGCGAGGAUCAAGCAGCAGUUCUUGAAACAGGUUGACGAUCAGAUGAAAGCGAGACAAGGAUACGACCACUUAUCACCCCAGUUGACCCAGGGGGAUUCGGAUCGCGAGCUGCGCAGUGCACUGGAGCUGUCUACGACAACAAACACUUCUAAGCAGCUGUCAUUUUCCAAAAUCAAGAGAACCAUGUCGUUGAAAAAGUCGAAAAAAAAGUUAUUCAAAAACAAGCAGUAA